AAUUCACAACCGGAACUUCUGUAUGUUGUCGGGUUUGCAGCGUCCUCGCUGUUGCUCCCCGGUCUCCAGCGUGGAUUUACAUACCCUGAUUUCCGUGGGACUGGAAAGAGGAGGGUGUUGAGCAUUUCAGGAACUGAGGGAACAGCCUAAAGCGGCGUAAUUUAACUAAUUUACAACUUUUUUUUCCAGCCCUCGGUCCUCUCGCGCCUCCUAACCUCCGUCUGCUGAACCGUUUACGCCACUUUCCGUCUCAACGGCUCUCUCACGGGAUCACCUCUCUGCUCUGGAGGAGUUUUUAUUUUUAUUUUUUUUUCGGAGAAGUCUGGAAACAGCUUGAGUUGAACCCGGUUUGAAGGGCUGUGGCCAUGGCCGGGGGUGGUGGUGGUGGUGGCGGCGGCAGCAGCGGAGGAGGCGGCGGUGGGAUUUCUCCGUUGGGGCCCGCACCGCCGAUGUGGUAUCACCGGGACCUGAGUCGAGCGGCGGCCGAGGAGCUGCUCGCCCGAGCCGGGAGAGACGGCAGCUUCCUGGUGCGGGACAGUGAGAGUGUCAACGGGGCUUACGCUUUGUGUGUACUGUUUCAGAAGCAUGUCCACACAUACAGAAUCCUCCCAGAUGAGGAAGGAUUUCUGGCUGUACAGACAUCUCAGGGUGUGCAGCCUAAGCGGUUCAAGACGUUACCAGAGCUGGUGUCGUUGUACCUGCAGCCCAGCCAGGGUCUGGUCACGACCCUGCUUUACACUGUGGACAGAGAGGAAACCGCUAUCAGCGAUGACAGGGACUAUUCAGAUGGAGAGGAUGAGAAGCCACCCCUCCCCCCUCGCUCUGCCUCUACCUCCACUCCCCCUGGACCAGACACACCCACAGACAGUGCUCCAGCGGCUAAUGGCCUGAGCACUAUCUCCCAUGAGUACCUGAAGGGCAGCUAUGCUCUGGACCUCGAGGCAGUCAAACAGGGAGCUUGCGCCUUGCCUCACCUCAACAAGACACUAGUGGCAUCCUGCAAACGCCUUAAUGGGGAGGUGGAUAAGGUUCUGUCUGGUCUGGAGAUCCUGUCUAAAGUCUUUGAUCAGCAAAGUGCCUUUAUGGUCUCCAAGAUGAUCCAACAGUCCGUGAAUCAGGGUGGAGACCAGGAGUUGGAGAACCUUGUGACCAAGCUGGCAAUUCUCAAAGACCUGCUGUCCUCUAUAGAGAAGAAGGCUCUGAAAGCUCUGCAGGACAUGAGUUUGUCCUCUCCAUGCUCCCCUCCUCCUCUCUCCAUGCGUCACAGCAAAGCCAUCCCCGUGCAGGCCUUCGAGGUGAAGCUGGAUGUUUACCUGGCAGAGCUGACAAAGAUAGGAAAGAGUCAGAAGUACACCCUGUCUGUGGACGUGGAGGGAGGACGACUGGUAGUGAUGAAGAAGGUGAAGGACAGCCAAGAGGACUGGACCACCUUCACACACGACAAAAUCCGUCAGCUGAUCAAGUCUCAGCGGGUGCAGAAUAAACUAGGCAUUGUUUUUGAGAAGGAGAAGGACAAGAGCCAGAGGAAAGACUUCAUCUUUGCUAGUGCCAAGAAGCGGGAGGCAUUUUGCCAGCUGCUGCAGCUGAUGAAGAACAAACAUUCCAACCAAGACGAGCCAGACAUGAUCUCCAUCUUCAUCGGCACCUGGAACAUGGGCUCAGUGCCUUCACCUAAAUCAGUCGCCACAUGGGUGUUGUGCCGCGGCCUCGGGAAGACUCUAGACGAGAUGACAGUCACCAUCCCGCAUGACCUUUAUGUGUUCGGAAGCCAAGAAAACUCUGUGUGUGACCGGGAGUGGGUGGAGUCACUGCGUGCCAUACUGAAAGAACAGACAGAGCUGGAUUAUAAACCGAUCGCAGUGCAAACUCUGUGGAACAUAAAAAUUGCUGUGUUGGUAAAACCUGAACAUGAGAACAGAAUCAGCCAUGUGGGGAUGUCAAGUGUCAAGACGGGCAUCGCCAACACACUGGGUAACAAAGGAGCUGUGGGUGUGUCCUUCAUGUUUAACGGGACAUCUUUCGGCUUUGUAAACUGUCACUUGACAUCAGGGAAUGAGAAGAUUGCCAGGAGGAACCAGAACUACCUAGACAUCCUACGCCUGCUGUCUCUAGGAGACAAACAGCUGAGCUCCUUUGACAUCUCACUGCGCUUCACACACCUCUUCUGGUUGGGAGACCUCAACUACAGGCUGGAUAUGGACAUACAGGAGAUUUUAAACUACAUUAACAGGAAGGAGUUUGACCCCCUGCUAAAGGUGGACCAGCUCAAUCUGGAGAGGGAGAAGAACAAAGUAUUUUUACGCUUCGCGGAGGAGGAGAUCUCUUUCCCACCAACCUACCGGUAUGAGCGUGGCUCAAGGGACACAUAUGUCUGGCAGAAGCAGAAGGCCACAGGGAUGAGGACUAAUGUUCCGUCCUGGUGUGACAGGAUCCUGUGGAAGUCGUACCCAGAAACACACAUUGUCUGUAACUCCUAUGGCUGUACAGAUGAUAUAGUGACCAGUGAUCAUUCCCCUGUGUUUGCUACCUUUGAGGUGGGAGUGACCUCCCAGUUUGUUUCCAAGAAAGGUCUGCCGAAGUCUUCAGAGCAAGCCUACAUUGAGUUUGAGAGCAUUGAGGCCAUAGUGAAGACGGCGAGCAGAACCAAGUUCUUCAUUGAAUUCUACUCCACUUGUCUGGAAGAGUUUAAGAAGAGUUAUGAGAACGACAGUCAGAGCAGUGACAACGUCAACUUCCUGCGUGUCGGCUGGUCCAACAAGCAGCUAACGACGCUCAAGCCGCUUCUGUCGGAGAUCGAGUACCUGCAGGACCAACAUCUGCUGCUAACAGUGAAAUCACUGGAUGGAUACGAGUCCUACGGAGAGUGUGUGUUGGCUCUGAAGUCUAUGAUCGGCAGCACAGCACAGCAGUUCCACACUUACCUGUCGCACCGUGGUGAAGAAACAGGAAAUAUCAGGGGGUCCAUGAGGGUCAGAGUCCCCUCUGAAAGAAUGGGAACCAGGGAGAGACUCUACGAGUGGAUCAGCGUGGACAAAGAUGAGACAGGCGGACCUAAAGGGAAAUCCACUAUGGUAUCCAGAGUGGGACAUGAAUACGUCAAGCCAUCUGUGGUUCGUAAACAGCUUGGAGAGCUGGGGAAGGUCAGCGAGGAGGGAGAAAGGAGCAGCAAGGAAGAAACGGCUGCAAGGCCCAAACAGGAUGCACCAGAUGGUGAUCCAUCCAUCAGCAAGAACAGCUACAAUAAUCCCGCCUACUACAUCCUGGAGGGCGUUCCCAACCAGUCAGCAGCCGCGCUCUCGCCUGAGCUCCUCCCAUCUCCUACCUCAGCAAACCCCCAGGUAGCUAAAGCCCCUCCUCCCUGCGCUGGAGCUCGAACCAAACCCCCCUAUGUGGGCUCAGGGCAGUCUCACCCACGCAGACCCAUGACAGGUCACCCGGUCCGUGCUAUUAGCGAGGAGGGCUCAUCAGAGGAUGAUGGAGGCGCCUCUGUAGCAGGAGCGCAGGGAGGUGGUGUUGGAACAACAGUUGGAAGCACGCUGAAUCGACCUCCUCCCGACUUCCCCCCUCCUCCUCUCCCUAAGGGAGCCCUGGAGAUGGUUGCAGAGGCCCCCUUCCCUAAACCUCGCCCUCUUUACCCAGACUUAGCUGAGGUCAGAAUCCCAGCAGCCAGUCCUGCUGCUCCGCUGGCCCUCGGAGAAGGUUUUCGACGAGGAGGAGGAGGAGGCGGAGUUGGCGGAGGAGGAGGAGGGCCAGGCGCACUGGAUGACCAGUCGUGUUCUGUACUUCAGAUGGCAAAGACACUGAGCGAGAGUGAGUUUCCUGGGCAGCCUCCACGUGCUCCUUCUGCACCGCCGCCUCUUCGAGGGCAGCCGAUGGGUUUAGGUCUGGACGCCUGCCGCACCUUCCCACCCAGAAAUCCCAUCACAGAGAGUAUCGCAGAGGACAUGCCUGAGGAGGCACUUUGGGGCAGCAGUAGCUCAUCUCUGUCUGUUGGGGAGUCUUCAGUGGGGGAGUGGCUGCAGAGACUGGGACUGGAGAGGUAUGAGAAGGGUCUUCUACACAAUGGCUGGGACGACCUGGAGUUCCUCAGUGACAUCACAGAGGAGGACCUGGAGGAGGCGGGAGUGCUCGACCCGGCACACAAGCGAAUCCUGCUGGAGAGCCUCAGGCAGCAGCAGCAGCAACAGAAAUAAACUGUAUCGAACUGGUUUGUAACCGGUCCAAACUGGCCUGGUGUCCCACCAGGUCCCAAGCAGCGAAAACUCAGCUGAACUGAACUGAACUGAACUGAGCUGGAACGUGCCAAUUAAUGCCAGACUGUGCCUUCUGAGAGAAAUUGCACUCCAUUUGUACUUUUCAAAAAAAAACAAAAACAAAAAAAACACUUGUUGAAUCACCAUCCUUUUUCACAUGUACUGUAUGUGUCUUGUCGUAGAGGGGGCCUUAUUUAAUGAGAAUCAUUUCAGUCCUUCAAGCAUCACUACAUAACCCUCGGCUUAACAACCUAGUGAGAAAAUGCAAGAUGAGAUUUUUCUGUGCAGACUGAAUCGGAGAUACAACUCACUAGUGGAGCAGCUGAUGCCUUGAUGUCAUUUUGUGUGUCAUAACGUCAGUUCUGACUUGCAGCUUCGAGCUAGCGUUAAAGCUGGUUUGCCUUUCUUUGUCCUGAGAAACCUUAACUGAGACAGAGUUUAAGACUCCUGAGACAUUUCAGACUUUUCAAAGCAAAAUGAGAGGGCUUUUUGUGGGGAAACUAGAGGCUUGAAAAAUACGCUGCCUGUGCCUUCUCCCCCACUAAUGUUUCUUGUUUAAAUGGUGGUGUUUAUUGUCUCUCAUGUAUUUAUAGUUUUAUGUUUGUUUGUUUUUUUUAAUGAUAAAGGGAAUAUGGAGCAAACCAACCAAACCAGUCCUGCUAGAGCUAAAAGUGCACAAUUCAACUUAGUAGAACAUUUAACAUUUAACACCAACGUGUCAGCUUUUUGUCUCUGUGACACUUCCUGAAAGUGACACACACGGCACGCGGAUUCUCUGCAGUCAUCGUUAUUGGGUUGAUUGGUAGAGAAAAUGAAGUAGAUAAGGCAAUUUAAAAAAAAAAGUGAAAUAUCACUUUGAAUAUUUCCCAUGUGCAUACUGUGUCUGUUUAUAUUUCAAUUUACAGAAGAAUCUCAUUUUAGCAUCAUAUGACUGAUGAGUCACGGCUUUUACUCGUUUGAUUUUAAACUUUGUAAAUGGAGCAGUGUUCAGGGAAUUGGUUAAUACAGACAAAUAGAUUGACUGACUAAUGGUUAUUCUGAGGAUUUACUAAGACAUCAUUGUCUCUGAGAAAUCAUUUGUCACCAAAACAUUUUUUUUUCCUGUAAUAUAUUCUAGAGGUUUGUCUUAUUUUGCUGAUUUUAUUUCUCGAGACGUGGCCUAGUGGGAGCAGAUGUCACCUCUCAUGAUGCAUUAAGAGAAAAGUCAGGACACGGGGUGGUUUGAGGGAUGUUGUUGUUUUCUGUUUAAACCAGUAGGUGGUGCUGCUUCUCCAUUAACCCCCAUCAGUAGAUGCUGACUGAAACAAAAUAAGACAUGUCCAGAGUAACACUUUAUAGUUCUCCUCGAUGCUGUGUUUAUAUGUUAUUCUUAAGCAGUUAAAGAGUUAAACAGUACCUGUUAGUGGGUCUGCCUUUAUUUGUUCUUAAUUUAAAUCCUGCCUAUGAGACUAGAAACCAAGCCUACAAGCCUGUUGAUGUUUUUCAUUUUAAGAGACACCCUUUCUUUACCAAGGUGGACCACACCAUCUCCAAUUAAGCACACACACCUUGCUCCUUGCCAUGUCAACAGCUUCUCUCGAAAGCCAAACUCUAAAUGAAUGUGCCGUCGCAUAAUUGGGACUAAAUCUGAUGAUCUGAUAUUUAAGGAUGUAAUUGUAGCAUUUUUAUUUCAUGUCAUGUCUGAAAAAGAUUUCUCCCCCUCUCCUAAUUUCUCUGUGUCGCCCGUUAUGUUGCUUCCACACAGCCUGUGUUAUGUGUUGUACAAUGUUGUCUAACCUUUUUAACAGCCAAACAACCAUAAUACAGAGAAUGUGGAUGUUCAGACACGUUAAAUCUAAUGUCUUUCAAAGCCUUUCUGGCCUUUCAGUGUUCUCAGUUAUGUGUGUGUGUGUGUGUGUGUGUGUGUGUGUGUGUUUGUAUUUGUGUGUCUCUGUGUGUGUGUGCAUGAGUGGGAAAGAGACUUUGCCAUUGUUGUUUUCUCUGACACACUCCAUGUUAUCUUGUUCCUUUCAUGUAGUCUCCUCUUUUGGUUAUGUUAAAUUAAUGUAAGUUGUUCGCCCAUGUCAUUUUUAUUUCAAUUAAAAUCUAAUAUCUAAAAUCUUUU